CUUUUAUUGUAUGUAUGUGAUUUGUACAUAGUGGAACAUAUUACUUGUGCGAGCUUGUUCAAAUCAAUAUAUCGCGGUAACAUAGAAAGGAAAAAUCAUGAAAAUUAUAUAAGAGCUGAUGGAAAAUUUUCAUUCAACUAGAAACAAUGUGACACACAACCGGAGUCUACAACGCUAUCUUCAGAACAUUUAUGACACACAGUGCAAGUUCUCGGCUAGUGAAGAUAUAGAAACAGGCAUUGAGGUGAUUAUUAAUCAAAUAUUAAGUGAUUAUUUCAAGCAGUUUAAAAUUGUAAGUUGUGCCAAGGGUGUUAAAGUUUUUCAAGACUAUGAACUGAUUAAAGUUGGAAGCUAUUAUGAGAAAACCAAAAAUCAUUUUCCGAAGGAAUUUGAUUUUAUGGUAGUUUUUGGUGAAGUCAGUGCAAAACCAACUACUCAAGAGUUUCCAAAUCUACCCCUAUUAAACCGUACAGUAAAUGAAAAAAAAACAGCUUACGAAUAUGAACCAUUUAGGUCUACACGCUCUUCUACUGUCACGAUAGAUCGUUCAACAGUUUAUCUUAGGAAAAGGGCUUUGAAGGAAAAAGUUCCUAAAUCUGCAAUUCUUAAAGUACUAGAUGUUACUAAUGGAGGGCCUGCACAAACAAUACAGUUUCAUUACAUAAGCAGUUCAGAUGUAUCAUGCAUAAUCAAUGUAGACCUGGUAUUCGCACUGCGAUCUAACAAUGUAAGAGAUCAUCUUGAAAGAAAAAAUGUUUAUCCAGAUAUCUUUUAUGAAAAUGUUCUUGAAAACGGCAGAGUACAUUACAUCGCCAAACCUAUUGUAUCUCCAGUCAAAGUUCUCUUAACACUGGCAGAAACCGAAGUACAGUUCAUGAAAAAUGUACUUUCAAAAGAACAUGUUCAAGUGUACAGACUGCUGAAAUACCUUAUAAAUGGUAAGGAUUACAACGCUGACCAGCAUGGACUUUCCAGGCAUUCACUAGGGUUUAAUAUCACAUCUUAUCAGAUUAAAUGUGCAACCAUACAUCAUCAUUAUUCUUGCAGUGAAAGUUCACGAGAUGUAUCCUCGUGUGUGCUGGAUAUAUUGUAUGUUUUUAACAACAUGCUGAAUCCUGACGAACAACAGGAUUUUCAAGCAACAUUUACAAAGUUUAUUUUGCAAAAUGAAGAACAAAGUGCAUCAUUAUUUUCGAAAACAAUGUUGUAUGGAAGUUCCGAUCAAAGAAGAGAUAUUUGGGAAGCCUUCUCUGUUUUUAUCAAAAGACUAGAAAACAUAGAUGAUUCAUCGCCGGAGCAUCAGCUUUUCAAGCCUUUCCGAGAAGCAUUAAAGUUACAAAAACAUGUACAGGCACGCCAUAAACGACUUGCAAUGGACGUAAAUAAAACAUUACUUCUCAGAAAUUCUGCUGAGUUUGAAAGUCAGAAAUUACUUUAAUGUAAACUCAAAAUACUCUAUCCCUCCAUUAACUGUGUACUAGCAUUGAACUUUGCAGAAUUACGAGAUUACCCAGAGUUUUGGAUUUACUGAGCGAGGGAAAAUAAUAGCUAGAGAAGUUGUCUUAAAAAUGUAUUGUGUAGUUGAAUGAGUAAUAUCUGUUACUUUAAUCUAUUUUGCGUGCCGACGAAGUUUUUACAUAUCGCCGUCAACCAGAUAAAGAAGAUGUACUAGAGAAAUAUUUAUGAUUUGACCUUUUGAUAUUUGCUGUGUCAUGUCUUUAUAUUUAAUGUCACUGUCAAAAGAUACAUUGAAAAAUCAGGUGCUAAUUUUAUUUAAGAUAUGACCCAUAUAAUAGUGUACCUCCUUUUGAAGAGUAUUCAGUUCCUAAAAUAAACCUACUUUGACUUAAUUUUUCAGGGGGCAUAGGUUCAAGCCCCGUUGGGACCAUUUUUUCCCCUUAUAUUCCUUUUUUUCCAGUAAGUCAAGACUAUUAUUAUUUAUUUAAUGUACAAAAGUGAAAAAAAAAAACAAUUCAUUUGAUAAGUGAUGUCUUGCUGUUCAAAGUGAAUUUACCUCUGAAACAGAAAGGGGCAGAAUAAGACAUCUUUAAAAAUACCGAGUUACAUGCGGUAAAAGUUCUCUAUUUACUCUUUAGAUUACAUAUUGUGGAAGAAAUAUAGAUAGGUUUUACUUCUGCCCAAGGUUAUUUUUAAAUGAAGUCUGCAAAAUUUUAAACAGUCACACAGGACUCGACCUUAAUUUUUCAAUUUUGGAGUAAAUACAGAGUAAUUUAGCCAAAAAUCAAUAUUGAUUAUAACGGGUAACAUACAGUCCUACAAUCGCCAAACUUUAUUAUAGCUAUCGUUUAAGAUUUUGACAAACGCUUGGAUAAUGGUUUUCUGUUAUUUAUAAUGGCAUUUUGAGUAACAGUUAUACUCGUAUUCAUUGCAUACUGAAUUAGGUAGACCGCAUUCGAUUUACGAUUAGCGAAUAAACUUAUAUACACUUAUAAAGGGAUAAUACACGUGAUUUCGUGUAUAAACGUCUGCAGAAGCCCUUCGGUCUAGGUCACUAAUAUAUCCCGAGGGCUUCUACGGACGUUACUACACGGACGUUGAUACACAACAUAUUAUGUAUUAACGUCUGCAGAAGCCUUCCGGUCUUGGUCACUACCAUAUCCCAAGGGCUUCUGCAGACUUUAAUACACAAAACAAACGUGUAUUGUCACUAUUCUUGCAUAAAGAAACACGACAUGAAGACUAAUGUAUUUAAAGAUAAUGACUUUACGAUUUCGGUACAAUUUUUAAUUUUUCCAUUUUGUUGUUCUUGGAAACGGUCAACCUUAAAGCGACUAACCCACACAUUGUGAUUUGUGUUUUUUGAAAUAAUUGUUCAUCAAAAGGCAAAAUGUCGCCCGGCCCAGUGACUGUUUCAUAUAUUUACAGGAAACUUAAUGGUUGAUCAGUUUCUAGUUUCUAGAAUUACGGGAACAUUCGAAUUUUCUUAGUUUUUCUCAUACACUUUUAUAAACCGUUAUUUCGUAAACAUUGAUAAAUAUAGAACGAAAAGCGAUAGUAUUUUAGACACUAUCAUCGCAUGGGCAGCAAACCAAAACUGCGCAUGCGUAUUUUUGCUUCCGUCACUAAUAAUAGAGCACACCGCGUAAGUAUAGGUAUCGCCAGUGUUAUGACCUUUUUGUUUUAUUUUCAGCAAUAUGUAAAUAAACAGUCAGCAGCAUAUACGAAGUAAAAUCAAUAUUUGGCUUGACGGCGCAGUAGGCUGAGUGGUUGGAUAUAUAUAUUCAUUUUGUAUUGGCAGUUUUAACGGUUCGAACCUUGCAUCCGACCAACAUUUUUUUUUGCAUUACAUACUUUGUGUAAGUUUGUUUUCCUCUGGUUUCUAAUUUAUUGUUUUGUUCUUAUUUUCGUACAAAAUCGGUAGUAUCUUUAAAUCAAUCGAUACUGAAAUUAUGACCGGGCACUGCUUUUACUAAAGUUAAGUGUAAGAUUGUUAUAAGAUUUAUAAAACUAACCCUUACUGCUUUAAAAGUAUUACAGGAAAGCUUCAAAAAGAUAAGAUCAUAUUAAAGGCGGAGUGUAUUUAAACAUAAUUACGUGUCAAUUGUGACAUAUAUAAGUUAGUGAACAAGUUAGAGCUAGAUUAACUUACUCGUCUUGUCUACGUUGAAUCGUAUUGAAGAAAAAGAAUUAAAAUAUAGUUUUAAAAACAAAAUAUUUACGGGUCAAGGAAACGAACUCCCGACGAAAAAGUAUAAUACGAAUUCCGUAACCACAUCACUGACUGCAUCGUAAGCGUAAUGUACCGACUUCCUUUUAUUAAUGUUAUUGUUUCGUUUGUUCACAUUUCUAAACGCCAUAAUACCUUGCGAUACCUUUACGUGUGCGCUCUAUUGAGUAUCAGGUUGGGUGUAAUUUUCUCUCAUUGUCACGUGAUGUUUGCAAGGUGCUCGCUGAAAUAGAAGACGAAUGUUUUUAUUUUUAAUUGAUUAGGAAAACUACGACUUUUAACAGAAUUGGAUGAAAAAUGCAUUAUUCUAACACGACCAGAAUACAUCAUGUACAUGUAGAGCGGAAUCUAUCUCAGGUUAUUCUGCAAUAACCCAUGCGCCUGCAAUGAUGUCAUCCGAUCCAGGUGCGUAGCACGGUUGUAAAAAGUAGUUACCAUUUUUUCUAACACCACUGAUACUAGUAUGUCGUGUUAGAAUCGAAAUAACAAGUUCCUAAUUGUGAUUUAUCGUAGAAUAACCCGAAGUGUUCGUUCUCAUACGAAACAAUAUAUCACUCAGGCCUACGGACUUCGUGAUAUAUUCUUACACAUAAGAACUCAAAACACGGGUUAUUCUACGAUACACCACGCUUGGGAACUUAUUACUUCUUAAUUAGAACUUCAAAUAUGCGACAUAAAGGUGAAUAUAGGAAACAUUUGAUUUUUUAAAAAUCUCACACCACGAUGUGUGGGUUAGUCGCUUUAACCGGGGGAGCACAAAUUAAUAAUACUAUCAAAAGCAUGUAUUCAAGGUUUUAACGAUUAUUUUUAUUUCUCGUUAUUACAAACACGACAUCAGCCAUAUUUUUCCAUAUUACGUAAAACACGGUAAACAAUACCAUAAUUUCAAAAAUAAUGAUUUACAUAUGCUGGAAUUGAUAAAUCCUGGAUUUAUUUGUAAUUUGACUAUUAAUUACAAUAUGAUCUAUUUUGCAUUCACCGGUUUAUUUUUCACGAACCUAGCAUAUUUGUUUACAUUGUCACAUUCCGAAGCUUUAUGGUGGAUUUAAAAAAAUGGCAGCUCGUAUUACACAAAAAAUCAAAACAAAUUCCAAUGUAAUUAAUUGUUUUUUUCUUUCUCACAAAUUUAAAUUAUUUUUGAAAUAUUUACCUCAUGAAAGUGAGCUAUAACAGGCACAAACUACAGCAAUGCAUCUUAAAAAUGUUUAAAACUGCGACAUCUUGAUUUAUUUGCAAUAAUAGUUUUUGUGUUUCAUUACGUGUUAAAACUAUUAAUUGAAGUCAUUCAAAAACAUGAUUUAUUUAAACGUGCAUUUUGUACAACUAUUCGAUUCGCUUUAUCUGGAACAACUUUGACCAAGACUUUAUUGACUUUAAACGUGAAAUGAACACUUAAAUACCUCUUUAUUGUGAUUUUUUUUUAAAAAUUAUAUGUAUGAGAUAAAUGAAUCGCUUCAAAGAUCAACGACAUGAUUCACCAGCUUAGAUUACAAUGAAGAUCGCAAUACCAUAAUUUUAUAUGGAACGGCGUGGCUGUUUUAUUUUUCAUGCUAUUCAUUCGUUUUAAGAAUAUAUAAAUUCAUUCGCUCAUCAUAUAAAUUGGAAAAUAUACUUAACCGUUUCGUCAUUAUAUGGAACCAACAUUUUAUUUUAUGAUAGCAAAACAUUAUUUUAUAGAUUUGAUUUCUCUUUUUAUGCACAUGGAACCGUUCACCAACUUUUCAUUAUAUGAUAGCAAAACAUUGGUACAUAGGUUUGAUUUCCCUUUAUAUGCAUUCAAAAUGUAAUAUAUGGAACCGUUCACCUACUGUUCAUUAAAUGAUAACAAAACAUUACUAUAUAGAUUAUAUCUCCCUUUGUAUGCAUUUAAAAUGUUAGUACCAAUCUCACAAUGCAUUCAACCAUUCUCUUCUGUGUAACAAAAUGUAAAGCGGGCUCGUGUUGUUCCAUAAAUGGCUUAACUACAUGCAUGACAAAUAUUAGAAUAAUUUGUUUAAUUAUAAAUAAUGACAUUGGGUUUAUAUAGCUCUUAACAUAAAUCAUCAAACAUUUUAGCUACACUAUUCGGGAAAUAGGAGUGCUUUUCUACUCGCCCCGUGGCGUCAUUGGUUGAAGUAUAAUAGUAAUAUUAAUAAUUUCCGUACUACCUUUGUUACUAUUCCUCCAAUCUUACUGUAACUCUGAAUAAACAUUGCGCAGCAUACAAACGAAGUAUAUGUAGACGUUGUGCCAAUUAUACAAAAAAAUAUGGUCACCUAGGUGUUUUAUCUAAGUUUUUUUCAGGUAAAAGUUUUUAGGCAACAUUUUUUGUAAUAGCUUUUGUUACUAUUGCUGCAAUGUUUACUGUAACUCCACACAAACUUUGAGCAACAUACAAAAAGUGUGUGCAGGUGCCCAAUAUGCCCAAGGUCAAGGUCACCAAGGUGUUAUACUUUGAUUAUUUUCAGAUUAAAGUUUUAAGGCAAGCUUUGUGUUCCGGACAUAUAUUUAGAACAUCAUUAUUAUCAUCACCUUUAUGUGUAGAAACAAUUCCCAUAACUCUGAUUUGCAUUUUUGACAGAAUUACAUGUAUGCCCUUUCGAACUUUGUUAAAAUGUUUAGACAAGCUUUGUUUUCUGGAGAUAUCUUUUGUAUUAUCAAAGAUAAUAAGUUGAAACUUAAAAGAUAUCUUUACCCUCAGCAUCUGCAUGCGUGGAAACAACACACAUAAAUCUUUUUUUGAAUUUGACAGAAUUAUUGCCUUUUCAUAUUUGGUUACAGUUUUAGCGCACUCUUCUUUUUUCUGGAUAACAUUUGAUACAAAUAUAUUGGCUUGAAACUCAAUAUAUGUCUUUACUAACAACAUUCACAUAUGUAGUCACAAUAUCCAUCCAUAACUCAGAUGUGCAUUUGUGACAAAAUAACACCCCUUCCAUACUUACCUUUCAACAAAAUCAGGACUAGGGUUUUUCUACUUUUUAACGUAUCUCCUUUUUAAAAUUUACGAUAUGAAGGACUCUUAUCACUGACACAACCUAUUUUACUCUCAAUCAACCGAAUAGUGGAGCGCGCUGUGCGGGGACAGCUUUUGUUGGAUUUAGUGUCAAAAUACAUAAUAUAUUGAAUAGAAAUUACAUAUUCUAGAAUUCAUAUCCUGACUUUUGCAAGGUGUCCUGUUGUUUUUGAAUUUGUUUUAAAGUUUAGAUACUUUACAGUUCUAAUCCAAUUAUAAUGUGAUGUAAAAUCAAUUUUUAGACCUUAAAUACUUAAUUUGUUAUUGAUUGAUUGUUGUUGCUCAUUCACAAAGUAAAAAAACAGCUUCACUUUUAGUAAUUUUCACAACGUUUAUGACGGAUUUUAUGAUCUGAAAUCUUGAUGUUAAAGCUGUUUAUGAAAAUCAUGAAAAAUGAUACAGGUUGAUACUGUUA